GCAUAGUUUAUAUGUCAAUGCUAUCUGUCUGUACAUUCCACAGCUAUCACCAGCGGUCGACGGCACUGGCGUCUCAGCGCUGAUGCAACAUCAUCACCCAGCUACUAUGAGCUCAGCGCUUCCUACAUCUGUGCUUGGAACACAUCGUAUCGAUACUGCCGAUGCCAAUUUCCUCAUUCCGUCCGAUGCGAACAGUUCAACCCCUCGUUCGAUCCUGCUCAGAGGCGUGAAUCUAUCCAGCAGUUCGAAGUAUCCAUGCCAUUCUGGACGUUUUGAACCUUCCGAGUCGACUCGGUCGGAUCGUGACGCCAGCCGGAAGCAUCAAGCUGGGAUUCACAGUGCGCUAGGCGAGGAGUAUGGUUUCUACUCGGACGCAGAGAAAGGAGGAUAUGACGGAUGGUUCGUGGACAGACCACUGCCUGAAAAGGAGGCAGAAACACACCUGCGCCGACUUCAAUCUUGGGGCUUUACCACCGUCCGACUCAUCGUGACUUGGGAAGCUCUCGAACAUGCAGGACCCGGCAAGUAUGACGAAAAGUACAUAGACUAUCUCGUCCGGUUGCUCCAGAAGUGCAAGUCGUUUGGCUUCAGAGUCUUUAUCUCGCCCCAUCAAGAUGUCUUUUCUCGCUUCGUCGGAGGGUCCGGAGCACCUUAUUGGGUCCUUGAAGCUUUUGGCAUCAACCCUCGCCGGAUCCAUUCCACUGGCUCUGCUGUCCUCCAUUCGGAAUUUCUGAAGCAUGGAUUCAACGGAGAAGAAAGCACAGGAGAAUACCCUGAUAUGAUCUGGAACUCGAAUGCCAAUCGCCUCGCCGCGCGACAUUGUCUUACCAUGUUCUUCGCCUCGAAAGCCUUUGCGCCGAAAUGCACUAUCGACGGCCUGCCCGCUGGAGAAUGGGCUCGCGGACACUUUAUCGCCGCGUAUGGGCAUCUCGCCGAUCGACUCCACGAUGUUUUGGACACCUGUGUCAUUGGGUGGGAUACGCUCAACGAGCCUCACGAAGGGUUCAUCGAUAUCCCAAAUCUUGAGGAAAUCCCACCAAGCCAAGAGUUCCGCAAAGGUCGAUCUCCCACUCCGAUCCAAGGUUUCCGCCUCGGUGUCGGAGAAACGGUCGACAACAUCGCCAUGGACGAUUUCACGUCACUUGGCCUCAAGCGUCUCGGCAAUGUCACGCAUACGCCACCCCCCGAGGGACUGUGGCUCACCCGUGAAGAGGCAAAAACCGCUGAAGAGCGAUGGGGCUACAAGUGGGGUAGCGAAUGGAACUUUUGGGACGAGCGUGGACUGGCUGGAUGCCCUUGGGCUGGUCACGGCGUCUGGGAUCGAAGUACUGGCAAGACCAAGUCUGACUACUUCAAGUUGGACGGCCAAGACUUUAUGACUGAUUUCUGGAAGCCAUGGUACAUUGAUUUCAUCUCUCGCAUUCGCAAAUCACACCCAGAUGCCAUCUCGUUUAUCCAUCCAGCUAUCUUUGAUCGGCCACCUCAACUCGACAACAGCAUCACGAAUGGUCGACUGGUAGUCUCAUCGCACUUCUAUGACGGUCUUACCAUGCUAUCCAAGAGGCGUCCCAAAUUCAACGCGGAUACUGUUGGGAUGCACCGUGGUCAAGUCGGCAUGCUUGGUGCAGCGAAGUCCGGAGCCUCGGCCCUCCGCGGAAAUCUUCGCAACCAGUUUGCGGAGCUUAAGAGCGAUGCGCUAGACGUGGGGCUACUCGGCGCGAGAUACCCUACAUUGAUUGGCGAACUGGGGUCGCCGUUCGAUAUGAAAAAGUCAAAGUGGCUUGGCAUACUCCGAGGCAAAGACAGCAGGAAGGACUACCGAGAGCCGGCCAAGGCGCUCGAUGAGUUAUUGAACGGAUGCGAUGGAGACAACGCUCUCUCCUGGACUCUGUGGGACUAUGAACCGACCAACUCGCAUGAAUUUGGAGAUGGUUGGAAUCAGGAGGACUUGUCGGUAUUCUCCUUUGACGAACUGGACGGCAAUGACGACCUAAAAGCGAGCAGUCCACAGACGCUGCAACAACUGUACAUGCUUGGCACUCGCGGUAUCGACGCGUGGUGCAGACCUUAUCCCGUAUCCGUGACUGGUCGUAUCAAGUCAUUCUCAUUCGACAUGGGUUCGACUGCUUUCGACCUGAUCAUCGAGACGUCAUCAGGCACAGGGUCCGGCUCGGCAGUGAUUUUUCUCCCAUUUGUCCAUUAUCUCGGUGUAGAAGGAGACGGCAAGAGUCGUAUGGUGGGUCAGCCCGAGGGCGAAUGGCGAGCUGGUCAACCCGCCAGAAUCGAUCUUGACAUUCAAGAAUUGACAGAAGGUGAGAUCACCGCUGUUGGGCAACUCGCAACAUGGUCCUUUCCCUUGGACGGGGAGGUGAAGGAGCUGCAUCUCAAGUUGAGACGAUGGGGAGACAAGCCUGACCUUUGGGUAGAAUGAGCGACUCGAUGGGAAGGUUGAGCGAAAGGAAUGCAGAGGUUCAAAGGACGGGCCAUGAUGGACAAUAAACGACACUGCUUGGAUCGUUCAACAUUGUUUCGUUGAUGACAUUAUUUUAUGUGAUGAAGAUACUUCACUUCUUUGUUCGAAUGCAUGUAGUAUGACCUC